AUGUCCGGCAACACCAACAGCGACAUCUUGCUGGCCGGAGCGGUUGCAGCAUUCACUGUGGAUCUCCUUGUGUAUCCGCUAGAUACCCUGAAAACGCGAUUACAGUCCCCCAACUAUGCAAAACUAUACACCAAUGCCGCGACUCAAAAGCCAAAUGCGGCCAUGUUUCGUGGCCUAUACCAAGGCGUGGGAAGUGUUAUCAUAGCGACCCUACCUUCGUCUGGAGCAUUCUUUACGACAUAUGAGCGAACGAAGGUUUUCUUCAAUCAUAUAAAUCCCCCAACAUCAUCACAUCCCAGUGGCUUCAUUCCAACACCUAUCGUGCAUGCAGGUGCUUCUUCAAUCGCAGAGUUGGUUUCCUGCGCAAUCCUUACCCCGGCUGAGGUCAUCAAGCAAAACGCGCAGAUGGUCUCUGCAGGCUCGAAGACGAACGCCACUGUUCAGACUCUUGCAAAAUUCAAGUCGAACCCACUGGCCUUGUGGAGGGGCUACACUGCGCUCGCGGGGAGAAACCUCCCUUUUACAGCUUUGCAAUUCCCCUUGUUCGAGAAGAUGAAAGAGACUAUCAAGGAUUACCGUGACCGCAAGGGUGUAAGAACUGGCACGAUUGCCGAGAGUGCAUGGAUCACAGCCGUCAGUGCAGGUGCUGCAGGUGCUGUCGCCGCUGUCGUCACAACGCCGAUUGAUGUGGUUAAAACCAGAAUCAUGUUAUCAGCCGUCGACGACGCGGCACACGAGGUUUCGUCUCAGCAGAAGAACGCCAAAGCGAGCUCGCAGGGUCUUGUGGAUGCCCUUGGCAAGACUGUACAGUCUUCAAAGGAUACAGCCAAGAGCGCUGUGAAGAACUUGAACCCCUUGAUCAGUCCAGAACAGAAAGGUAAGGAGAGCGCGUGGAAGAUCGGGCAAGAGAUUGCCCACGAGAAAGGCUUCAAAGGACUGUGGAGAGGCGGUGCUUUAAGAGGAGUGUGGACCUUUAUCGGAAGUGGGCUGUAUCUAGGAGUUUAUGAAAGCGGAAGAGUCUACCUGGCGGGGCGAAGAGGCGAAGAGGUGGACGAGGCGGAUUUGACUUGA